AGAUAAUUAAAUUAAAGUUGAUUUAUGCUGAUAUGCUUUUGUUUUGUUGAUCUUAUUUGUUUGUUUGGGUCUGGUAACAUUACGCGCGAAAUCAGUUGGCGGGCCGAUCAAUAUUCAGCUUCAGUGGCUUCUUUCAGUCAGGUGUUUCUGUUUUUGCCUUUUAAUUUGUAGUAUUCGUUCGUCCAUCGCUGCAUACUGUAUACUGUGUAGCUAGUCAAUAAAUUCAUUUACUAGAGUGGUUUAUUUUUCUAUUAUAAUUAAUUAAAUAUUAGGUGAUUAAUUAUUUGUGUUCAUUUAACCAGGUCGCAUUGGACACUGAUCAUCAUGUAUGGCGAUAUUGAACGAACAUGGUACAAUCCGUGGCGAUGGAUGAUAAAGCCAUUACCGACUUACACGGACUUCUUGUAUAGCAAUCCAAAAUAUACAAAUCCUAUCUAUACACGAUUUAUCCAUACGAUUCCCAUCUACGCUAACCCAAUUUUUAGCCACUUCUGUCAUAAAGAUUCCAUUUACACCAGUUUUAAGAGCACUGAAUCGAAAUAUCUAAACUUUAUAUGCGUAAAAGCGUUAUGGGAUCAGGAUGAUCCCAUGUAUACUGAUCCUGUAGAGACUAGACCUACUAAUUCUGGACCAAUUUACACUAAUGCUAUGUAUAAACAUCCCAUGAACACUAUGAGUGUGUACACCACUCCGGUGCAUGUUACGGCUAUGCACGCUACGCCAAUGCAAGCCACGCGCAUCCACCCUAAGCCCAUUCUAGUACGAAACAUUCCAUGUGUAAGGCUCAGGAAAAUCGAAGAACCAGCUGUACAACAAAUCAAGACUCAGGUGAACGGCGGUUCAAGAUGGCUGUGUCCUGGUGACGUUCUUACCCUCCGCAUAAAUAGAUUCAUAAGACGAAUGAACGAACCUCUGGUAUUAGGUUAUACUGACCAUAUUGACGAUUACCAGCGAGCGUUUAUCAGAACAAUCGAUACUCAUUUUGAUGAAAAGGGUAAUCUUUUGACAGACGAGCUUAGGGCGACUGAAGCUCUUCUUGUUGGGAUUGGAGUACGUGAAAAGCCGUCCAAUUGCGGUGUGUGUCGACGGAUUUGCUCGACGGUUUGCAGCACAUGCCGUGUAGCGUACUUCUGCUCAGCACGCUGCAUACGCUACUUAGCUGCUCUCCAUGUACAUGAAUGUACCAGCAUGAGAAACUACCGCAUUCAAUUUUAUAUGGAACAAGAGCGGCUGCGGCGACGUCUGCGCGCCUAACUUGCAG